CUUGCAGUAAUGCCUGGAGUAUGAUGUGGGUCGGAACCUCUGGUGCAGCCACUUUAGAAGCUUGUGUUCCACCCGGAAAACUGAAGGCACGGAACAAGAUGGCGAGAUGUAUCCACGGCGGAAUUGGCGUUUGAGGAAAACAAAACGUUUAAAUCAGUUGUAAUUCAACUAAACAAGAAAUGCGACUCCCCCACGGGCCUAGCAGGAAAACAGAAAAGAAAGGAAGAUGUUUGCCAAACCUUUUCGCGUCAAGUCCAACACAGCGAUCAAAGGGUCGGAUAGGAGGAAGCUCAAGGCUGACGUACAGUCUGCCUUUCCGUCUUUAUCUGGUGCUGAGCUAUCACAUCUCAUACCAAACAAGGAGGAGCUGAAUGUGGUAAAAAUCUAUUUGCAUAAAGGAGACGUGGUGACUGCCUAUGUUUUGAGUAAGAACCCCAUCUUCUUUGAAAUGAACAAGAGACUUUAUCCAACAGACAUUGGCCCAGAUGUUCUGAUAAUCAGAUAGUCAUUGGAGAAGGAAAGACUGGAGUUGCUGUCAGAACAAUACAUAAACCAGACAUAGCAGACUGUCUGGGAAUUGCCCAAGAAAUUGAAGAUUCCAAUGAGCAUUUCCCAUGCAUCCAGAAGUCUCCUAAAGAACCCAUUGAAAAUCAAUUGCUAACAAGAAAUUGUGAAAUGAAGUUUCAUAGGACUACGGAACACUUUUGUGUAACCGAUUAACCAAACAGGAAUAAAACGAAGAACGGUGGACUCUGAAAAUCUGAAACAAAAACAGAAAUUGAUGGAGAAGUUCAGCAGGACUGGCAACAUCUUUGGAGAGAGUGGAGACUUAACUUUUUGAGUCCAGUGACCCUUCAAGAUUGGCAUAUCUGGAAGAGCUGUGACAAUGAGUUAAACACUAAAACAAAACAAAGUACUGUGGAUGCUGAAGAUCUGAAACAAAAACAGAAAAUGCCGGAGAAACUUGGCAAGAAUGGCAGCAUCUGUG